AAUAACCUAGCGCCUAUGUAUACACGGCCCCCUUCCCCUUGCCCUGCCCUCGUCAUAUAAACCCAAACCCUAAUAGCCGAUCCGAAGUAAGAACUCCUAAUCGACCUCUUCUCUCUCUCUCUCUCUCUCUCAAGAUGGCAGACUUGAACGCUGUUGAAGUUGCACCUUUUGCACCAGUUGACCCAAUGAAAAAGAAGAAGAAAAAGAAGGUUAUUCAACAGUUGGUUGACGAUACCAGCCACUUAUACUUAGCUGAAAAUCUUGAACCUUCAUUUACUUGUCUGAAAAAGAAAAAGAAGAAACAGGUUGAUGCUGAAGAAGAUAUAAAUGAUCAUGAGAAGCCAUUGGAAGGGCCAGAUCGUGAUUACAAGUAUGAGGAGCUUCUGAGCCGAGUCUUUCAUUUUCUUCGUGAAAGCAAUCCGGAGCUUGCCGGAGAAAAAAGGAAAACAAUAUUGAAGAUACCAGAAGUUCUCCGCGAAGGAACAAAGAAAACAGUGUUUGUGAAUCUUGUGGAUAUUUGCAAAAUGAUGCGUAGGCAGCCGGAACAUGUUAUGACCUUCUUGCUUGCUGAACUGGGUACUAGUGGGUCGCUUGAUGGGCAGCAAAGAUUGGUGGUCAAGGGUAGAUUUGCACCCAAAAGCUUUCAAGGGAUUCUGCGCCGAUAUAUGAAUGACUAUGUUAUCUGCAAUAGUUGCAAGGGCCGAGAUACACGCAUUGAAAAGGAUAAGGAGAACCGUCUGACGUUCCUCAACUGUGACGAGUGCGGUUCUCAAAGGUCCGUCGCUCCAAUUAAGGCCGGCUUCGUCGCUCGGGUCGGUCGCAGGAAGGCUGAAAUCUAGCAGAAAAGAGAGGGAGAAAAAAGACAUGAUUGUUUGCAUUCAGAAACCCUACUUCCCACAACAAAAAAACUUCAUGCUUUAAUUUUCCUUGACUGUUCAUGUUAACGUUGAAGAUACAAACAUAACCGUAGUGUUGCUUGCUUGUUUUUUUUCACCUUUAGUUUUAUCAAACUACGUUAUAUACCCGUGAGCUUCACGGGUUAUGGGUUGUGUUAAAAAAAUCUAUAUCUAUAAAAGUAUUUUUUUUUGUAUGAUU